CUUAUCCCCGGUCAAUUUUGGAUUCUUGAUUUGCAAAAGUUUCUUCAUUCAUUUCUUGCAAAAUCUGAUCAAUUAUUGGGUGGUGUGUGAUUGAUCGAUUCAUACCAUCAAUGUUCUUUUGGAUGGUGGGGUGGUUCUCAUUCUAUUUCGGUUGUUUGCCUUGGUUGAUUUGGCAUCGAGAGCUUUGAUUCUGCUCGACUAGAAAUUUGUAUAAGUGAAUGUUUUUGGAGUUUUAUUUUGAUCAUCCAGGCCUGGUUUCUUGAUUUUUGGGUGAUCUUCAAGUCGCCUGAGAACUGAAAUCACUCUUAUGGGCGGAUACGAUUGAUUGGUGUGAGUGGAUGGAUGCGUGAUUCUUUCUUUGUGAGAAUUACUAUGGAGAGAAUUAUGGUAGGGGCAGUUGCAGUCUGGUUGAUUAGUGUUUCAUAUUCAGCCCAAUCUGAGGCUGGUGGUAGACUUUCUAUCAAACUACCUGUUUCUGGCUAUUUUGAGAGUUGGCUCAAGUAGAAAUUUGAUUGUGCAAAGAGUUGAAUAUGUUCUUGAGACCGAUAAAAGAAGCCAUUUGAUAGACCUCCUUUAUGCGCAGAGAGUGAAUGGUGUUCAGGCAAAGGUCUUUGAGAAGUGCAGAUGUAAUAUCCCCAGUUGGCUCAUACUGGAAAUGCUACCGCUACACUACAUCAUGAGGUCGUCACCUCCUACUUUGGGCUCCACAAUACAAUGUUAAAGCUAAAAUUAACCAUAAAAGCGCAUUAUUAUAUAUAUAAAAAAUCUAAUUUAUGAAUAUUUACAAAACACACUCCUAAACAAGAGGUUUUUCCGGUUAAAAAUUUACAUAUAAUACAAUAGAUGUAAGUUCACCCACUCAGCCCAUCUUUCUAUAUCCCGAGACGUCCCCUGUCCCGGAGGUGCCAUGCAUACCUGAACCAAAUAUUUUUUCUUAAAAGCAGUUUAGAAUUAAAUACAUUUUAAGAACUAAUGUGAAAUAUGUCAUGUUAUACCUUUUAAAAUAAAAUAUAAUUUUCGUCAAUCAUAAAAUACGUGUCAUUGCAUGCCAAUAGGGGUGGAAAUAGGCCAGGCGGCCUGUCAGGGGCCUAUGACCUGGCCUACAUCAAGCCUGGCCUGGCCUGUUCUAUUUAUUAGAAAGGCCAGGUUCAGAUUUUUGUUAAAGCCUGUUUAUAUAUACAGAAUAGGCUUAGGCUUAUGAAAAAGCCUAUUUACUAAACAGGCCGGCCUGUUUAAUAAUAAUAUUAUUAUUAUAUAAAAUUAUUUUUUAUUAUUAUAAAAUAAGAAUAGUUUUAUAUAUAAUAAUGAUAUAUAAAAAAAAAAUUUUAAUUAUAAAUUUAUUAAAAAAAAACAAAAAUAAAAAUAAUUUUUAUCCCAAUAAAAAAUUUCAAAUAUGAACAACUACUGCACACAUGUUCCUUUUUUUGUUUCUUUUAUCAUAAUUCAAAUAUUAUCCCGCUGUAAACUGAACAACAACUGUCCAUAUUCCUUUUCCACCGCUGCAAGCCUGCAACUGCUGCCAGACCUCCACGCCGUCCAGGGUUUUGCAAUCUUCUUCACAGAGACCCACUACUUUUCUUUUUCCUUCUUCUGUCUUCAUCGCCUCUUCUUUUUUAUUGCUACCGGUGGAAUUUGGAAAAAUAAGCAGGAUAUGGCUUCGAUGGAUGAAACAAAUAUUUUUGAUCUUCCAUCUGAUACACACAAUAGUAUAUCAGUGGAUUCCCUUUCAAGCCAACCUGUGGAUGAUAACAGAAAUGAAGACGAAAGGAAUUCAAAUCAAGCAAAUGAAGGUGCCAAUAGGAAAAAAAGGAAAAAAACUUCAAUUGUGUGGAAUGACUUUGAUGAAAUUCAAGUUGCUGAAGGUGUUAAGAAAGCUAUUUGCAAAUACUGUAAAAAUGCAUUUGCUACUGGGGGAAGAGGUGCGAGCACAAGCCAUCUAAAGAGACAUUCAGAAGGGUGUUUGCAGAGGUCAGUACAAAUGGCUUCACAAAAGAAACAAUGUGUCAUUCCUUUUAAGCCAUCCAAUUCAAGUAAUCCGUUUAUAAGUCCGGGGUUUAGAUUUUCUAAUGAAAAGAUGAGGGAAGUCAUUGCCACUUCUAUUAUGGUACAUGAGUAUCCUUUUAGCAUUGUAGAAGACGAUGCUUUUAUAUGGUCAUUUCAGUAUGCGAACCCUGAAUUUCAGAAAGUUUCUCGUAAGACGAUACGAAGUGAUUGCAUAGCAAUAUAUGAAGCAGAAAGAAAAGCAUUGAAGGAAUUAUUAAAGAGUGUGAGCAAGAUUAGCUUGACAACAGAUAUGUGGAAAUCCAGUCAUCAAGUGAUUGAAUAUAUGGUAAUCACUGGUCAUUUUAUAGAUUCUGGGUGGAAGCUUCAGAAAAGGAUUUUAAGCUUUGUCAAGGUGCCUGCUCCAAGGCGAGGAAUUGAUGUAGCCAAUGCCAUUUUCAAAUGUUUGAAGGCUUGGGGGAUCGAAGAUAAAGUGUUCUCAGUAUCAGUUGACAAUGCUUCAUAUAAUGACUCGUGCUUGAGGUAUCUAAAAGACUACAUAUCACGCAGCACCAAGCUUGUCCUCGAUGGAGCUCUAUUUCAUGUUAGAUGUUGUGCACACAUAUUGAAUCUUUUGGUGCAAGAUGGGCUUAGUCGAAUCAAAGAUAUCAUCCAUAAUGUUCGUGAAAGUGUGAAGUAUGUAAACUUCAAUGAUUCAAGAUUGAAGAGUUUUGGUGAAGUAGUUGAACAAAAGCAUCUAAAAGAAAGGAAGUUGAUAAUUGAUUGUCCAACAAGGUGGAAUUCUACAUAUCACAUGUUAGCCGCUGCUUUAAAAUUCAAGAUUGUCUUCUCAGAAUACCAAGAAAGAGAACCUCAUUAUACAUUUGCACCUUCAAAUGAAGAUUGGGAGAAAGUCGAGAAAGUUUGUAAACUUUUAGAGGUUUUCAACUUAGCUACCAAUUUAAUAUCUGGAAGUGAAUAUCCUACUGCCAACUUGUAUCUUUCAGAGGUCUGGAAAGUGAAGCAAGUAAUUGAUGAUGCGACAAAGGAUGAUGAUCUUUUUAUGAUACAAAUGGCAACGCAAAUGAAAGAAAAGUUUGAUAAAUAUUGGGGUGAGUGCAAUCUAUUGAUGGCUGUUGCAAAUGUAUUGGAUCCGAGAGUUAAAUUUCAUGGUGUUGAAAUAUGUUUUCCAAUGAUAUACAAGUCUGAAGAAGUUGCUGCCGAGUAUGUGAACAAAGUGCGUGCUUCACUGCAACAACUAUAUAAUGAUUAUGUGGCCUUAAGUGUUGAAGAAUCAUCCUCAAGUCAGUGCAAUAUGGCUAACAUCUCCUCUGCCACCACCCAAUCUGAAUCUGCGAUAGUUACUGGGUUUGAUCAAAUUAUGAGUCUUGUAAGAGCAAAAGAAGCAAUUCCUGUAUCAAAAUCUGAAUUGGAUGCCUAUCUCGAGGACAGUGUUUAUAUUCCUGAUGGAAAUAUGUCUUCAUUUUGUGCCUUGGAGUGGUGGAGGAACAACAGCAUGAAAUAUAAAGUUUUAUCGAAGAUGGCUGCUGAUGUACUUGCGAUUCCAAUAUCAACGGUAGCUUCAGAGUCUACAUUUAGUGCUGGAGGUAGAAUUAUAGAUGAAUAUCGUUCAAGAUUGAAUGAAGAAUCUAUUGAGACACUAAUUUGUGGAGGAGAUUGGCUUCGACAUAAAUACAACUUGAAAAAAAAGAAGGUGAAUGAGUCUUUGAAGGAGAUAAGCUUAUAGAUUAAAGAAGUUCUUUAAUACUUUGGUUGCGGAGUGGAAAUGCUAAUGUCCAGAAGAUAUUAUUGAUCUAUUUGCUAUUUUUCUCUUGAAACUUUUAUUGUAUUGAUUUAAUGGUUUCAGAAACUUUGGGGGAAUUUGCAAUUCUUGUGGCUUGUGGCCUGUGGGUGACGUGAACUUGAAAAACUAUGUUAUUAAUUUCUAAAUAUUUUUGUCGAAUUUUUUAAUAUUGCUUCUGAGUUAGCGUUGCUUAUUUCUUUGUUAGAACAAUCAGCUUAAUGACAAUAGAUUGAUGUAAACUGUUUUUUUUUUAAUGU